AUGACGAAUAAUAUCACCAAUGUAGCGCUCGCAGGGGCAUCUGGAAAUCUAGGUUCUCACACACUUGCGGCGCUUCUCAACCAAAGAUUCAAGGUUACUGUGUUGAGUCGUACACCUAGAGAAUUCCCGGCUGGUGUUACGGUUAGAGUCGUCGAUUUUAACUCAACUGAAUCGUUAUCGGCAGCCAUCGAAGGCCAAGACGCGGUUAUUGACAACACUUUCACAAAUGAUGUUGACACACCGCUGCGUCUAAUAGAUGCUGCAGUUGCCAGUGGCGUCUAUCGCUUUAUUACAAGUGAUUACGGCCUCGACCCAGAUCUCCCGGGGGUUCAUGAAAUGCCAGUGUUCGCACGCAAACGUGAGUCUUACCGUGCUGUAAAGGAGAAAGCGGAGAGAUCGGGCUUGACCUUCACCCUGAUUGCCUGUGGGGCUUUUCUCGACUGGUGUCUUUCAACUGGAUUUGCAGGUAUUCAACUGAAAACAAAGUCGGCCACUAUGUUUGAUAGCGGGGAGAAUGUGGUUCCGUGGACUACCCUCGAAGAUGCCGGAAAGGCGACUGCUGGUGCUCUUCUCCGACCCGAAGAAACUCUCAACAGGCCGGUGUACAUUCACAGUGCGUUCUUGUCUCAGGCCCAGCUUUUGCAAAUCGCGAGAGAUGCUUUAGGCAAAGAGGGUUGGAACAUAACAUCCCAGGAGAUGAAACCUCUGUUGGACCAAUCGAUGGCAGACCUGCGUGCGGGGAAUACCACCCCGAUGACUUUUGGCGUGCAAAUUCAAUAUUGUAUGGCCAAUAAAUCACUUGCACACCCUUGGGAACGGGACGAUAAUGAGCUGGUUGGGGUUGAAGAGAAAACGGCUGAAGAACUACAGGCCUUGUUCCGUCGGCUUGCUACUGUGUGA